ACUCAGGCUGUGAUUUGGGUGGUCCCUCCUUAGUGUUAAUAUUAGAGCAUUAGCAUUGCAGUAGGCUGGACCAGAACUGCUUAAAGCCCUUCUCUUUGGGUUUUUCCCCCCGGUUUGUCUUCAGUUUUGGUCCUUGAUCUUUGUGGCUACAGCUGGGAAGUGCUGGUGCUAACACAGCAGAAGGAGUAGCGUGACCAGCCAGAACAGAGUGUAGGAUUUGCUGAAGUUGGAGACAGCAGAAACUCUAAUUGUGUCAACCAGUGACCUUUAUUUUAUCUCAGAUUUUUUGUGGCAGGAGAGGAGAAACAGACCUGGCAAUAUUGUUGGAGCUGCUGAUGUUACUCUGUUUGCCUAAUGCCUUUAUCCUUUAUUUUUUUCUUUAGGAAGAAACUUUUUCUUUGAAACUAGAGGCUCUUGGACUUAGCAACCCAACAUAGUAAUUUAUUUAUGAAAGGCUGUCAGUGUUGUUCCAAACAUGUAGUUCAUCUGUUCAACUUGAGUCUAUCACAGAGGAAUCACUAAUGCUGACUGUAACGGGGGGUUUUGGAAAAUGAAUCUGCGUUCUGUAUUUACUGUAGAGCAACAAAGGAUAUUGCAGCGUUAUUAUGAAAAUGGAAUGACAAAUCAAAGUAAAAAUUGCUUUCAGCUCAUAUUACAGUGUGCACAAGAAACUAAACUGGACUUCAGUGUAGUCAGGACGUGGGUUGGCAAUAAACGAAGGAAGAUGAGCAGCAAGAGUGCUGUAGAAUCUGGAGGCACUCCCCCAGGGACUGUCCCUACUACUCCCUCAGUACCUCCAGAAGCAGCAGUUAGAAAUGUGGUAAAUAUUGGUCGAUCCCAAAGUCAGCAGACUUCUUGGACCUCUUCUAAUAACGAUGUAAUAGUUACUGGUAUAUACAGUCCUGCUAGUUCAUCUGGUAGGCAAGGAUCCACCAAACAGACAAAUGCUUCAAUGGCAGAAAUACAUAAAACCUCUAUUCCACGGCUACCAGGAAAAAGCGAUAGAGAGUUUCAGCAGCAGCACAUCCCCAUAGGACGACAAGUACCACAUUGUAAAAAUGCUUCCCUAUUAGUAGGGGAAAAGACUAUUAUUUUAUCUAGGCAAACAAGUGUACUGAAUUCUGCGAACUCCAUCUAUAGUCACACUAAAAAAAGCUAUGGGGGUUCGUCAGUCCAGACCGCAGAGUUGGUGUUACCUCAGAAGCCGAUGAUAUGCCACAGGCCUUGUAAGGCUGAACCCAUGGGAUGUCAGCGGUUGCAAAAGCCGGACCAUGCAGCUCUCACAUCACAUGUGCCCCCUGGCCACAGGGCUAACGCCAGAGACCCUUCCUGUAGCACGCAAAACCUGGAAAUCCGUGAAGUGUUUUCUCUGGCAGUUACAGAUCAACCUCAAAGAAUGGUGGGAGGAAGCACAGCGCAGAAGCAUUGCUCGGUGGAAGGCACCUGUCUGUCCAUCGCAAUGGAAACUGGAGACGUGGAUGACGAAUACGCUAGAGAAGAGGAGCUAGCAUCCAUGGGAGCACAAAUACAAAGCUAUUCAAGAUACUGUGAAAGUAGCAGUUCUGUUCGAGUAGAGAACCAAAGUGCAGCCUUGUCUGGGCCAGGAAGAAAUGUGAGCUGUAGUUCACAGAUGGUGAAUGCCAGGGACGUGCCUGACAAUAUUCUGUAUCAUAAUAGAGACUACCACUUGCCUGCACGGACCUCAUUACAUACAACAUCCAGUACAUUAUAUAGCAGUGCUAAUCCAUCAAGAAGUACCUUUUCUCCUCAUUUUACAACUUCAAGUCAACUGAGGCUGUCACAAAACCAAAAUAAUUACCAGAUUUCAGGAAACCUUACUGUGCCUUGGAUUACAGGUUGUUCCAGAAAAAGAGCAUUACAGGACCGCACACAAUUUAGCGACCGAGACUUAGCUACCCUAAAGAAAUACUGGGACAAUGGCAUGACCAGCCUGGGCUCAGUCUGCAGAGAGAAAAUUGAAGCUGUGGCUGCAGAAUUAAAUGUUGACUGUGAAAUAGUGCGGACUUGGAUUGGGAAUCGAAGACGGAAAUAUCGUUUAAUGGGGAUUGAGGUCCCACCCCCUAGAGGAGGUCCUGCUGAUUUCUCUGAUCAAUCUGAAUUUGUUUCUAAAUCAGCACUUAAUCCAGGAGAGGAAACUGCUACUGAAGUGGGGGAUGAUAAUGAUAGGAAUGAUGAAGUAUCAAUCUGCUUAUCUGAAGGAAGCUCACAAGAAGAGACAAAUGAAGCACUUCAGAAUGAAGAAAUCGGUCACAAAGAUGAUGACCAGAAUCCCGUGUCUACUGAUAAUGUGAAAAUAGAAAUUAUAGAUGAUGAAGAAAGUGAUAUGAUAAGUAAUUCUGAAGUGGAUCAAAUGAGUUCUCUUUUGGAUUACAAGAAUGAAGAAGUCAGAUUCAUUGAGAAUCAGUUGGAGAAUCACAAACAGAAGUAUUUUGAGCUACAGACGUUUACUCGGAGUUUGAUACUUGCUAUUAAAUCAGAUGAUAAAGAACAGCAGCAGGCACUGCUCUCAGACUUACCUCCUGAAUUAGAAGAAAUGGAUUUCAAUCAUGCAUCCCCAGAGCCUGAUGAUACCUCAUUCAGCUUGUCGUCUUUAUCAGAGAAAAAUGCCUCAGACAGUUUGUGAUUUAUGUUGUUUUUUGUAACUGACAAAAAAGAAACCCCACGGAAGGUGCAGGUUUCAAGAUAACAGCAUUUCGCUAUCCAGUGUUCUUCAGUCCAAAAGAGAAAGCCCAAGGUGAAGUAGACUUUCCUGAAGGAUGACUGUAGUACAUCAUGGCUACAGUUUGCACUGUCAAGCAGUUUUGAAUGUUGGUUUUGGUAAAUGAAAACUGUGUGAGGAAAGGUUUCACUUUUAGCAGUUUGGCCUUGAUUAGGGUAACUUCUGACUUUCCAGAAUAACUCUUGCUCUGUAGCAAAGUCUUUUUGAGCAGGGAUCCAAGAGUGGAAAACAAAUGUCCUGUGUUACAGACAGCUAAUUCUUCGGAGUUGCUUGCUCACCAAUCCUGCUCAUUAUUUUUUUUUUCUCCAUUUUUACUCAGGUAGGUGGACUAAAAAUUGGGGAUCCAAAUAGAAUAAUGGGCUUUUUAUGACUUGUGCUUGAACCCUUUUGAAAAUCUGAAAUUAAACUGGUUUCAUUAUGUGACUUCAACCAUUGUUGAACCUUCCAUUUUCUGACCAAAAUAGCUGAAAAAACUUGGAAAGGCUAACUGAAAAAUUUGAAUUAUUGUCAAUAAAUUAUUAAAAAAGCAGUCAUAAGUGUUGCAACAAAUUAGAUGGAUAAGGGAAACUUGAUAGCUGCAGAAUGCAACUUUCUUAUCCUCUCACAGUAGCAAUGGGAUUAGAUGUUUACACUACUGUUUAGGGUUUUAUGAAUGUAGUUACAGUUUUUAUUUGUCAAAGUCUGAAUGCUAAAGUUCUGUUCAUUAUUUUAAGUAUUGGUUAUAUAUUUUUCCCCAAACUUUGAUCCAUUUUAUCAAGACGCUGUCGUAAAUCCACAGCUGGCAUUGCAUCCUGAAGAGUAUUCAAGUGUUUGGAAUUGAGUUUUGCAGAUCUGCUAAAUGUGACCUGGUUUUGAAGUAGCCUGGUCUGACAACGCUUUUGGCAACUGGCAGGUGCCAUUUCUAAACUGUGAGCUUGAGGCAGUGCUGAAAUGGAUUUCUUCUUUCUCAGCUGUUGUUGACAUUGAAUCCUUUCACUCAUCUGAUUAAAUGGAUGUGCAGACACAUUCGGGUAAAUUUAGUAGGGCAUGUAGGUGCAUGCCCAUAUUAUUGAUGCUCUGUAACUUCUAAUCUGAAUAUUCUUCAGCGAGCAUUUUAGAAACAGAUAUCUUCAGUCUGGUAAAAAGCCUGAUCUUUCAGUUUCGUGCCAAAUAAUAAUUUACUCUUUAGAUUCCUUAUUCAUGCAAUACAAUAAGCAGUCCCCUUAAUUUCAACGGGAAGGAUUUUAAGUUUUUCUUAGUCUGUUUGUUCCUCUCUGAUCACUUCUACAGCUUUUCUUUUCAUAGUGUUGGUACUGAGCUCUGUUCUUUAAGGGGUUUUUCUGUCUCUCUGUUAUUCUUGGGCAUGGGACGGGGAGCUUUUAGCAAUAUUGUUAAAUGCCAGCUGCAGAAAGGGUAGUAGCAAUUUUAAAAGCUGUUUUAAGGAACCAGACAGGUCCAUAGUUACUAUGUAUCUUACUGUACAAUUCAGUAUCCAAAAGACCUCUUACCACCUAUUCUACAGGGUAACCCCACAAAAGCAAGCUGUUGAGCCUUUAUUUGGGUUUAGGCAUGAAACUCAGAGUAGAAUCCCAGGAGAGAGAGAAGGCACUCUGUGCAACAGGGAGCUAAGUGGUAGGUUACUCAUCCUUUCACUGCCUGAGCUGAAAUGUCACAUCCUGGCUGGUAGACACGUCCUUAUAGCCUUACUCAGAGGAGGAACAGCAUUUUACAUGCCUGUUGAAAUGACCACCAACCUAAAAUGAAUUCCGGUUUGUAAGCAAAGAUCACAGUACUAUCCUUCAAAUGUAACAUGGAGCUCAACUGGAAUUCUGCUCACUCUGAAAAAAUAAUUUAUAAAGGGUUUUCUGUACUGGGUUAACAAUGCUUUCUAUUACUGUUCUCUCUAGACAGGAAAUUUGUGCCACAGACAAUGAAACCUCUUGUUUUCUGUGAGCUUUGCUAAAGUGAAAAAAGUACUGUGACUUGCGACUAUUUGGACCCUCUUUUCCUGCUUCUUCCACUUAAAUUCCCAUGACAAAAAGCAGGAUACUCUUAAUGAGAGUUCUUGAUUUCAUAGUCAAUUAAGUCAUCCACCUUUAUACAAGAAAAACUUUCAUUGAUGAUUCAUAUUUUGCUAUUUCUUGCUUCUAUUUCAUAUGCCAAACAGAUUGAAGGAAUUAAUUUUGAAUGAACUGCUGCUAGAUUCAAGCACUUAUGUAAGUCCCUUUUCUCAAGGAAUCCUCUUUAAGGACAUGCAGCGGAACUUCCAGCUGCAUUCAACACCCACAUCAGCCCUGGGGUUAUGUUGUUCUCUGGCUCUUUUCUCUGCUAGGGUGACAAGACAAAACAUAGCGGAGACGUCGUGCUUUCAUACCCUAAAACACUCAACGAUAUUACAGGAUAUUCAGGAAGAAAGAGUAUGAAUUAUAUUCCUGUAUAACAAAAUGCUAGAUAGGAUAAUACUGCAGAGCUGUUCUGCGGGGUUUUUCAGUAUCCGUGUAUAUUUCCUGCCUAUAUAAAACAAACAUUUUAAUGAUAUAUUACCAUUACUGCUAUUUUAAAUCAUUGCAGCAACAAUUGUUCUGCAGUACAGUGGCUGAAGAGCGGCUGAUGAGGUCCUGAAUCAUAGCACUUAACCUUCCCUGAGAGUUAUCAAAAUACCUAUCCAUGUAUCGCACUUCAGACUGGCACUUCACACAUGCUUUGUAAUUUAGGGCUUAUUUUUGUUUCCUCGUGUCCCUAACAGGCAACGUUAAUGUGCUAAUCAAGUUUGCAGGUUGCAUCCUGAUCCGUGUAACCUUAGAACAGUAUGAGAGAAUUGGGCAUAUUCCUUUCCAGCUCUUAGAAAUUGUACUGACAAGCUCCUUGCUGAGAGGGACGUUGUUCUGAUACACAGUCACCAGGGCAUUUUUUUCCAGAUGUAAUUCUGGAAAUUCUUCAGAUGAUGGAAAGCAAUGGGUUGGCUUUCUGGGCCUGUGGCAUAUCAGGGUUUGGCUUAUGAUUAUUUCCUCUGUUCAUAGGGUGGUAACGAAAAACCACAUUAAGUGCUAGUCCAUCCUUUGCAUAGACUUUCCAUGAGAGAGAAAGCUCAUAUUGUGUUAUGAUGACAGAAAUAAGCCCCCCUUGCUAUUUCAGGAGGUUGGCUCUAAUUCAGUAACCGCUACAGCACAAGUGCCACAUAUUGAUGCUUUUAUCAUCUUUCCACAAAGGCUCUCAUUUGCUUUGUCUGUGAAAGAUGACUUCCCCGGCAUUGUUUAUUCCUAAAACAUCUGUCAGAACAUGAAUGAUGAAAUAUGUCUUUCUGAAGAACCCAAAGUGGGAAAAGGUAGCUCAGAACAGACACUGUAAACCAGAGACGGGGCACUCGCUUGCCUUAGGGAGCAGUGAAAGUCUUUGAUGCUAGCAAGCUCGCUUAUAGUUGGGAAGCUGUUUCCUGAAGCUAUGCCUCCUUUCAUUUCCCUGCCAGGUGAUGCUUCUGUCAAAUCUGUAGGUCUAAUGGGAGUGAGUAAUAGUAAAUAUUCUAAUAGGUGAAUUUUUGGCAGAUUUAGAGGUACACGAACAGAUGUACUGUACAAGUGUCAAUUUUCUUGAGUGCUUGGUUCUUGAAGCAGCACUGCACUUUAAUCUUUCCAAGUAUUUCUUUUUCGCUAAGGCAAUAAAAAAUCUGAAAAAUGACAAGCAGAUCAUGGGCUUUGCAGUCCUCUGAGUGAAAAAAGGAACAUACCGGUUAUAUCUUCAUCUGCCUAAACUGGGAAGCAGCUUAUCGAGUCCGUUCACCAACCGGAGACAGCUGUAUCUACUGUUGGGGUUGUACAGUUGAAAUGAUAGGACAAAUCAAAUGGAAAUUACUGCUUAAAAUCGAUCAGCUAUCGAAUUUGGGAUCUCUAUUGCACUACCGUAUUAGUAACGUUAAGAAGAAACUGAUGCACAGCACUAACUUUUCCCUAGGUACUCUGGUCGUAGCUGACUGUUGGUCUCAGGAUACCGGUAGCAUAAGGAAAGACAAUAAUAUGCAUAAAUGGAAUAGCACAGAAUAACUGAACCAUGAAGAACUUGUAACUUGCAAUGUUACAACCAAAAGCUUCAUUUACUACCUCCAGUCCCGCUGCCCAGGUCCUUCAGGUCAGCCGGGGAGCGACGAGGCUGCUUGAUGUGUUUGAAGGACUGGAACCUUCCACUUGCAUUUUGAGGUUCUGCCUUUUCUGCCCCAGACUGUCACAAGGUUGAGGAAGUUGCUUGGUUGUGAGAUGCCUGAUCAAGGUUAGAGGAUGGUUGGUGAGACAACUCCAGCUGGUUGUUAGAAAAACCAGGAGCUGGUUUAUGGUGUUCAAUUUCUCUACCCAAUAAAUACUUUAGCUCAGUGACCAAAUGUGGAAUCUUAAAAGUUAGGAGCAAAAAAACCUCCAAUAAGCAAAGAAGUAAUUAUUUAUUUUUUCCUGUGGCAGAACAGGGGUUUAUUCUGCCUAAAGACUAUUUAUUCAUCCCUGAAAGGCAGCAACUGACAUUUUAGUCAGAAGAUGACAGACACAAAUGGGGCAGAAACUUGGGCUUGUGAUGGUUGUUCUUGUUUUUAAACAAGUGAGCGAUCCUCUUCGAUAAAAGAGAUGCUUAAGAAUGUUUCUGUAAGGAAAACGGUUUCAGGUCAGUGCUUUGGUUCUGGUGAACAUUUUACUGUAUUACUGAACUAAGUCAAUAAUUCUUUUCAAAUCCUGUAUUACAUUUUACACACACUACCUCUGAAACAUGACCCCACCUUUAAAACCACACAGAAAAUGUGAACUUAAAGCAUUUUUUUAACGUUUUAUAGGCAAUAAAUUAUUUCCAACCACAUAUCCCUCAAUUUUGUGCUUGUUUUUUCAGUUGAGUGCGAGACGUUCACUUUGGUUUUUAUUUUAGUACCGUGUUUGUGUAUUUGUCUUAAACACAAUCUAUGGACAAGGAAAUAAUAAAGAUGUGGUGUUAGGGAGAAAAGAUGAGCUUAUGUUAAUGGUAGUAAAUAUUUCUAUUGAAGCUGAAGGGUGAUGUAGUAAAUGGGCUAGCUGUGCUAUUUUUGGUGCAGUUACUGUAAGGGAUGGAUAUUAUCCAUUAUUCUGGUACUAAAUGUUGUAACAUUUCUCAGUACAUCAUAGAUUAAUUUAUCAGUGAGAACAGUCAAUGAGUCUCAGCACUGUAAUGAAAAGAAAUAGGAUUUUACAUUCUCUGAGACACAACGGUUCAUGAGUAUGUCCUCGUAUUUUUCUUGCAGCUCAUGUUUCUUUUGCUUGCGUAACUAUGUAUAAAGACCUUUUAGAAACAAUUCUGGCUUGCUUGUAAGCAAGUGUUCAAUCUAAAGGAAUCGGUAGCAAGCUAAGGUUUAAAUGUAAAUGCAGAUCAUGUUUUGUAGUCCAGUUACAUCUUAAAAGAAUCCCUUUGAUUUCACCAUCUCAUCUCUCUCUCUCAAACACAUGGGGGAAGGCUGAAGAAUGGACGAGCCUCUUCAGCCUGGGAAUGGGGAGGGAGUGAGACACGAGGAGGCAUUUUGGCUAACAGAAAUGAAGAUCCAGGGGUUUUAGACAAGAAAAUGACAAUAAACUGAAAAAAUCCUACACCUGCAAGACAAGAGCUUGUACUUCAUCUUCAAAUUGUGAAAUACGGUUCAAAAAGUCAUUGGCAAAUCCACUGCAUUGUGUUGGGGAAAAAUUGUGUUCUCCAACAGAAAUUCUGUCAUUUCUGGAAUUACUGAGGGUGUGUGAAUACACGUCUGCAUAUUUAUGAUGUGCACAGACGUACUGAACUUGAUCAUUAUAUUAGCAUUUACAAAGGCAUUUUCACUUAAAAUAUUAAUGUAAUUCUAAAUAUAUUUUAUUUGCUCUCAUUUUUAUGUUUUACUAUAUAUUAAUUACAUAGUUUUGGGAUUGAGUCAAAUACAUCCAUACAGACAGCGCUCAUAGUUUAACUCCUUGCAAAACUGGUACUUCUAGGCUUGAAAAUGUAUUAAAAUGCCUGUAAUAAUGAUGUUUCUGAGGGAUCUUGGCAAAUAAACUGCUGUAUUUAUGAAGAGAGAAUGAAUCUUUAGCCAUGAUAGUUUUGGCUUUAGUUUCACUAAAGGUAUCAGUUGGAUUAAAAACAAAAAUACUCUGAAAGUUUAACUAUUACUGUAUAACUCAGAUGUUUUCCUUCACCUACAAACAUCAGAUGAUUGAUGAUCCUAAAAUUUGUAUCAUUUCUUUCUGGGCCAAUUCAUUAAGCUUUGUAACCUGAGUGUAUUACUGAGUUUCUCUGUGAAAAUCAAUAUUUAUAUUGCAUUUUUAUGAUUUGUAUCAGUAUGUGUAGCAAAGAAACUACUACAGAUCUUAAACUGAAGUACCUCCACUAUGGGCCAGGACUUAGGAUCUUGGCUUGUUUGAAAGAUGGAUGCCUGGUGAAAUAUCCAUACAUUUGUAUUGAUUUUUUUGUUCUGUAUAUAGAAGGGUAUUUAUAAUCUUGUAUUAACAGAGUCAUCACGAGAAAUGCUUAUUUCCUUCUUUAGAAGCCUGCUCAGCUAUUUUUAUAUAAAAUGUUGGUCUUCGCCUUAAUUUUUUUCUUUUGUGAAGAGUUGUGCCAUAGAGGUUUUAACUUAUCCACAGAUAGUUUAUGGAAUUUGCUUUGACUUGUCUUCAGUUAAUUAUUUUGUCCUCAGAUUGUUCCAAAUCGUUUUCUCUUCCAAAUGUGUCUCAAGGUUGUUUUGCUUUCUUAACUCUUUUUGUUAAGGUUUGGAAGAUACCUUUAUAUGCAUGCUUUGGUAGAUCAGGUUUUUCCUCUGUAGUUUAUUGUUUAUAGUUUAGCAAAACCUUUCAUUGAAAAACAACAAAAAAAGUUGAAGUACUGCUUGUACAAAUGUAUCUAGAAUGGCCCAAACGGUCACAGCAAAGGGCUAUCAAGCAUUGGUAAAUUUGUCUACUAGACUCAAGGAUAUUUUUCUACGUCUGUCAAGUUUGGGGCUAUGGAGAAAUGAAAUAAAGGCUAACUAACUCCUUUUCCUACACUAA